AUGGAGGAACCAGGGCGAAACAGCACGUAUGGAGCAAGAGGAGCCGAUGGCAUAGGGGUGGAGUGUGUCCUCUUCAACGAGGAGUACAUGACCUGCACGUGGGGGAGCAGAGAGACGCUCACAGCCAACUACUCCCUCUACUACUGGUAUGAGAACAGGUCCCCCGUUGUCGAGUGCAAGCACUACCUGCAGGACCAGGGCGUCAGCAUCGGUGGCGAGAGCGAGAUCAUCCAGUUCCAGCCUUUCCACGUCCUCGUCAAUGCCAGCCUUGGCGGCAAGACCCUGGAGAUCCCCAGCAAGCGCAUGGAGCUGCAGGACCUGGUGAAACCGGAGGCGCCUGUCAACUUGACCAUCUAUAACGUGAGUAGCAACCAGCUGCAGCUCACCUGGACCUCCCCGUACCCCAAAGCCCAGUGCCUGGAGCACGCCGUCAAGUACAAGAGCAACAAGGACACCAGCUGGACGGAGCAGCGUGUGAAAGGAGAUGUCUUCUCCUUCCCCAGCGUGGACUAUGAGAAGUACUACACCUUCUACGUGCGCAGCAAGAUCAACAGCUACUGCGGCAGCACCCAGCUCUGGAGCGAGUGGAGCAUCCCUGUGGUCUGGGGCAGCAACUCCACCAGCAAGGGCACGGUGGAGGAGCAGCUGCACUGGUUCUGGAUCCACACGGUCUUGAUCCCCAUUGCCUCCUGCCUGCUCUUGCUGGUGCUUGUCGUGCUGCUGGUGCGCAUGGAAAGGGUGUGGGUCAUCCUCAUGCCCCGAAUCCCCAACCCCAGCAAAAACUUCGACGAGCUCUUCAUCACCCACAAGGGCAACUUCCAGGAAUGGGCCGGAGUCCCCAAAGACCUGGUGGAGAGCUUCAAGCCCAACUACAGCGAGCACAUCUGCUACGUGAGCGAGCUGCCGCCCAGGCAGAGCUGCCAACCUUUGGCCAAAAGCAAAGAGGAAGCUCCAAAUGGCAUCGAGUAA